CUGGUCAUAUUUUUCUCCCCUCCUAUUACAUAUACCUUUGUUGUCAAAGUUAUUUUGUUGCAGAUCUUCAUAGAAUACCAAGCAGCUACAUUCCACCUGACUAAAGGCUCAGGCCCAGUCCAUAUAAGUGGUAUGCACCAAACAAAAACUAACAUCAUUGGUGAGGAUGAUAUGGAUGAAUUGGCUGAAGAAGAAGGUGAAGAUGAAGAGGAGGAGGAAGAGGAAGUAGAGGAAUUACCACCAAAGAAGAAGACAAAGAAGUAGAGAAGAAUGUAUGAAUUGUCCCAGCUUCACCAGUGUCGUGUUUUCUAUUGUAGCUUAAUUCAGAUGAAUGGACAUAGCUUCGUAACAUUUCCAUGUUUUAUAUUAUAGCUUCAUUCAAUGAUGUGAUUAAAAAUGUGUGUGUGUGCACUUGAUUGAUUAUAUAAACAAGAAAAAUGGACAAUUA